AUGAUAAGUAAGGUGUUGUUCGUUUUUGCCCUGGCGGCACUCGCAAACAGGCUCGAUGUGGAUGGUUUCUUAGUGAAGGACGGGAACUGCUCACUGGCCACAAUUAAUGUACCCUACGUGAAAGACUUUGAGGUGGAGAAGUACCUUGGACAAUGGUACGAAUUGGAGCGAUACGAGCAAGACUACGAGCGGAAUCUGGAGUGCGUAUCGAUCGUGUACCGCAGAGGACAACCAGCCGACAUGACGCUGGAGGUUAAUUACCGUGGCUAUCUGCCCUACAAUGAAACCACCAGCACCUUCAGCGGCAGAGGUGUGUUUAGCGAAGAGCUGGUACAGGAUAAUACCAACGUGACCACCACCGCCACCACUACCACGGUUGGGAAGCUGGUCGCUUCCUUCGGUAAAGCCUACAACGCAACCCACUACUGGGUGGUGGAUACGGAUUACGUCAACUACGCGGUCGUGUACUCCUGUGCCGCGUUUGCCGAGAUGAACCAGGCCGUGGAGGGCUACUGGUUGCUGUCCCGCACGCCCAAUCUGCCCAACAAUCCGCAAGUUAUCGAACGCGUAAAGUACCUCCGAUCGACGUACUUUGAGCUGGCCCACAUACGCGUUACCAACCACACGGAGGAACUCUGCCCCAUGGAACAGAAAUUACCGACCGAACCGAGCUUAGUCAUUUUGCCACCACUGUGA